AUAGUUAUAUUGGUGGAUAUAAGUUGUCUUCAAAAUGUUAUUGCUUCUUACUGUUGGUUUUGGGCCUCCCUGUUACAAAUGCAAGAAGAUUUGACAACCAUUCAUGACACCUAUUCUUUAUUUCUGAUUGCUGACACAUUUCUUAAAAGAAAGCAAAUACCCUGAAAGCUAUAUUUCAUGGAGCAUCCAUACCUUACGCACACACCAAACACACGAUAGGCAUAAUUGAUGACUAAUGCAUAUAUAAUGGUGGUCAUAGCUUUCUUGAAGGCUCUUUGCGUUUCUCCAUCAGUUUUGGCAGCAGGAGUUGCUGCAGAUAAUGUUAUUUGUGCUAUAUACUUUGUGGUGUUGUUUGCAUUAGGCUCUAGAAUAGCACCUGAGACUCCAACAUCAACCAAUGAUUAUGAAAUGAAUUCAGAACCCGAUUCUGGAGGCAAGAUCCCUGUGCUUCAGAUUGCCACAGCUCUUGCGGUGUCCUUUCUGAUAUUAAGACUGCCAGUUAUCUCACGAAAGCUUGACAAAUUCAAGGGGGAAUCUCAACUGGAGUAACGGCAAUAUUAUUGUCGUUUUGGCAAGUUUGUUCCCAACAUAUUUGAGUCAUCUUGCACCUGCUGGUGAUGCAGUAGCUCUGGUCCUUACGCAGGUAUCUUGAGUCAAUUUUUGCAUAAUUCAAGAUUAAUUUUUCUGGAGUCAUUUUAAUGCUGGCCCUAAGAUUUAAAU